AUGGCUCCACGAAGGUCGGAUUCGGCGAGGAGAAGCUGCGUGGACGGCGGCGUUCGGGGCCCCGACUUUCGGAGCGCGGGUUCGGCAGGGCGCCGCCACUCCGCCGCCGUGCUGCCGUCCGUACUGACGUUCCUGGUAAUCGUCGCAUCCGGAGGCCUGCUCCUUAUGAUCGAGAAAGGAAUGCUCAACGGCGUGGAGACGCCUCCGCCCCGGGGAAGCAAGAGGUUAGAUGUCGGCCGGCUCACGGGCCAGCCAGAGCGGGUGGCGGAGGACGUGGAGUCGCAGAUCCUCCAGGACAUCCGAAAUCGGACCCUGUCGUCCAUGUGCGGCCAAAAGAACAUGCCGCACAGUGUGUGGUCGCUGACGCCACAACAGAGAAAGACGCUGCUGCAACACGUACUGGUCAACGAUGAGUACCACUUCCUGUACUGCUACGUCCCCAAGGUGGCCUGCUCCAACUGGAAGCGCGUGCUGAAGGUACUGGGCGGCGCAUUGGAGAGUGUGGACGUCAAUAUCAAGAUGGACCACCAGCGCGACCUGACCUUCUUGUCUUCGCUGAAACCGGAAGGCAUCCGCUACCGGCUACGCCACUACUUUAAGUUCAUGUUUGUGCGCGAGCCUAUGGAGCGCUUGCUUUCUGCCUACAGGAACAAGUUUGGCGAGAUCGAGUCGUACCAGCGCAAGUACGGCUUGGAGAUUGUCAAGCGCUACCGCAAGAACCGCGGUGGAAAGAGCUCGCGUGGCGACGACGUCACCUUCGCCGAGUUCGUCCGCUACCUCCUGGAUGAGGACACCGAACGUAUGAACGAGCACUGGAUGCCCAUGUACAACCUGUGCCAGCCCUGCGCGGUCAACUAUGACUUUAUCGGCUCCUACGAACACCUGGAACGGGACGCCGAGUUCGUGCUCCGCAGUGUCGGGGCACCGCCACAUAUUAGCUUCCCGCCAAGACAGUCGUGGUACAAACCCGUCACGGCGGAGACGCUGCACUACUACCUGUGCAGCCUCCCGCAAAAGCUUCUCAGAGAGCUCCUGCCCAAGUACAUUUUAGACUUCUCCCUCUUUGCAUAUCCACUCCCCAACACAACCGCUGAGCACUGUCGACAUUGA